GCAGGAGAGGUAUUUAAAUUGGAGCUCGAGCCGCCCCUUCGCGGGUCGGGCUCCCGUGGGGCAGUGGAGCGACCGUGCGCCUCCUCGGGCCGUGACCCCGGGGUCUGGCGCGGGGUGGGACCGUGGGGCAGGUUUGCGCAAAAUGUGCAGUGGCUGCCCUGGAGAGGAGCGGCGGCCGCGCUGAGCCAGAGCCAUGAGCCACCAGAUCCUGUCACUCCUGGCCGCGCUGACCCUGGGGCUGACCCUGAGCAUGGCUACCUCCCCACACGGAGACAAGGUGCCCUGUAAGACGGUGAACAAGGAGGUCUUGUGCCAGUGCCGUGGCCUACUCCAGGUCCCCUCGGUGCUUCCGAGGGACAUCGAGGCCCUCGACCUGUCUGGAAACCAGCUUCGGAGCAUCCUGACCUUGCCCCUGGGCUACUACACGGCGCUUCGUCACCUGGACCUGAGCUCCAACGAGAUCAGCUUCCUCCAGCCAGGUGUCUUCCAGGCCCUGUCCCACCUGGAGCACCUCAACCUGGCCCACAACCGCCUGGCACUGAGCACUGGGGGUCUGGGUUCCUUGCUGCACGUGAAGUCCCUGGACCUGUCUGGGAACAGCCUGUACAGCGGCCUGGUGGAGCGGCUGCUGGGGGAGGCGCCAGCCCUGCGCACCCUCACACUAGCGGAGAAUAGCCUGACCCGCCUGACCCGCCAGACCUUCUGGGGCACACCUGCACUUGAGUGGCUGGACCUGCAUAGCAACGUGCUGAUGGACAUUGAGGACGGCGCUUUCGAGGCCAUGCCCCACCUGACCCACCUGAACCUCUCCAGGAACUCCCUCACCUGCAUCUCCGACUUCAGCCUGCAGCAGCUGCGGGUGUUGGACCUCAGCUGCAACAGUAUUGAGGCCUUUCAGAUGGCCCCGGAGCCCCAGGCCGGGUACCAGCUCACCUGGCUGGACCUGCGGGAGAACAAACUGCUCCACCUCCCUGACUUGGCUGCACUCCCGAGACUUAUCUACCUGAACGUGUCCAACAACCUCAUCCGGCUCCCUGCGGGGCUGCCGCAGGGCAGCGAGGCCAUCCACGCACCUUCUGAGGGCUGGUCAGCCUUGCCCCUCUCGAACCCCAGCUGGAAUGCCAGCACCCACUCCCUGUCCCAGCUCCUGAAUCUGGACUUGAGCUACAAUGAGAUUGAACUUGUCCCCGAGGGAUUUCUUGGUCACCUGACCUCUCUGCGCUUCCUGAACCUCAGCCGGAACUGUUUACGGGCCUUUGAGGCCCGGCGUGCGGGCUCCCUGCCCUGCCUCACGCUCCUGGACAUCAGCCACAAUGCUCUGGAGACGCUGGAGCUGGGCACCAGAGCCCUGGGGUCUCUGCGGACGCUGCUCCUACAGGGCAACGCCCUGCGGGACCUGCCCUCAUACACCUUUGCUGGUCUGGCCAGCUUACAGAGGCUCAACCUGCAGGGGAACCGGGUCAGCCCCUGUGGGGGGCUCGGUGGGCCUGAACCCUCAGGCUGUGUGGAUUUCUCUGACAUCUCCUCCCUCCGCAUCCUAAAUUUGGUGGACAACGAGAUGGAGACGCUCUGGGCAGGCACCUUCCUCCACACACCACUUACUGAGCUAGACCUGUCUUCCAACCCUGGGCUGGAUGUGGCCACAGGGGCCUUGGCGGGCCUGGAGGCCUCCUUGGAGGUCCUGGCCCUGCAGGGCAAUGGACUGGAGGUCCUGCAGGUGGACUUGCCCUGCUUCAGCUGCCUCAAACGGCUCAAUCUUGCCGAGAACCGCCUGAGCCGCCUGCCGGCCUGGACGCAGGCCGUGUCCCUGGAGGUGCUUGACCUGAGGAACAACAGCUUCAGCCUGCUGCCGAGCAGUGCCAUGGGCGGCCUGGAGACCAGCCUCCGGCGCCUCUACCUGCAGGGGAAUCCGCUCAGCUGCUGUGGCAAUGGCUGGCUGGCGGCCCAGCUGCACCAGGGCCGCGUGGACAUGGACGCAUCCCAGGACCUGAUCUGCCGCUUCAGCUCCCAGGAGGAGGUGUUCCUCAGCCACGUGCGUCCCGAGGAUUGUGAGAAGGGGGGGCUCAAGAAUGUCAACCUCAUCAUCAUCCUCACCUUCGCACUGGUCUCUGCCAUUGUCCUCAUCAUGCUGGCCACCUGUUGCUGUGUCCGCCAGCAGAAGUUCAGCCAACAGUACAAAGCCUAGAGAAGCUGGGCUGCAGAUCACCUCAGCCGCGAGAGCCUUCCAGGUCAGCGAGGGAGCUGGAGGCACAGAAAAGGGUGAGGUCUGACCCAAGGUCACACAGUGGGCCAGGGUCCCAGAGCCCUGGACUCUGAACCCCAGCCCAGGGCUCCUUUCUCUGCCUUCUGCUGCAUCGGUAGGUGAGCCACCUCCCGGACCACACAUGUGGUCCAGCUGUAGAAGCUGGAAGCUGAGCGAUACUGGGAGUGACAAAAAAUGAGGUUCGCCUGUCGCAUCAACAAAUCUUUGCCGGAAGUCUGUUUUGUGCCACGCCCUGCUCUGGGCACUGGGGACACCGGUGAAGGAGACAAUCCCUGUCCUCAAGCAUCUCCCAGUCUGGGUGGGGAGGGUGUCGCAGAGCCGAGUCGUGACCACACAGAGUGCAGCCCAGUGCUCUGAGGCUCGGCAGCCGCCUGCCCCUGCCAGGCCAGGGCCUGGGCCAGGGAGGGGAAAGACCGAGAGGAUCUGUCUGAGCUCUUUCCAAGCAGACGCUGUCACAUCUGAUAAUGACUCAGCUUCUCUGGAGCAUGAAGACGUUGCAACUGGAAGAGAACUGGAGCCACACGCGUGUGUCUUGGAUCUGGCGCCACCAGGCAGGCUGUGGCGGCUCCAGCAGGUCGGGCCCAGAGGCUAUCACCCUGGGCUCCGGCCCGCACUGGGGCCUUCUGUUCCCUGCUCUGGGCAGGCUCUUUCCGCAUCCUCUCAUUGCACGCACCGGCGGAAUGCUGUCCUAGUCCCACUCCCUGCUGCAUCCCAGCCCCGCCCUGCUUGGGGAGACAGGACUUAGAGCCUUAGGUCUCUGGUUCUGUUUUGUACCAGGCUUGGCAGCCGUAAGGAGCCCAAGCUUGCAGCUUCCUCUUUAUGACAACCAUCUGAGGUUGGCCUUUUUUCCCAUUUUGUAAAAGUGGCUCCAAGUCUCUCUCAGGUGCCACCGUCAUCAGGGUGCCCUCACUAAGAAACACCAUCACUGAGGUUCAGACUGACAUCAUCCUGACUCCAGGGGCUGAGCUUUGGCACUGUGGGGGCUGCAGGCUGUCAGGUGGAUAGGAAGCGGCCUCCGCUGCUGGGACAGGGCCUGGGGCCAUCCUGUGCUAUCCAUCCCCACCCGCUCCUCUCCCUCCUCGCCCAGGCAGGCAGAGGGAAGCUGGGUGGCCACAAGCCCUCUCCUCCUCCUCUGCCUCAGUUUCCCUCAUUCCCUCCCUUGCAGACUGAUGUGGGUUCUCCUUUUUCUCUUCUUGCUCUUGCAUUCCCUCAUUCCCAUUGUCCAAUGAGCAUGGCCGAGAGCGUAAGAGCACUGAGUCCCACCUCCCCAGUGUGCAGAUAGGGAAACCGAGGCUUAGGAAGAGGAAGGGACUUGCUCAGAGAUGCACACGUCAGUGGCAGAGCCUGUGGAAAACAGUAGAUUCAG